CGUCGGCCCUCUCGUUGACAUUUCACGCCGUUAUUCAAUAACACGACACGAUGAAGUUCAGCGGUGGAAAUUAAACGUGGAAGCGUCGCGUCUUGGACCUGAAAGCACUCGGCGGCUCGUGGAGGAUGUCUCAGGUGCUGAGGCUUCUCGCGGCGGUGGCCUCGCCUCUCUGCCGGGCUGCGGGAGCCCGGGCUCGGCUCUACACGGUCGGGUAUCGGAGCUUCUCGGUCCCGAGCGUCAGCCGGACUCCAGUGGACCGGCUGUCGGGUCAGCGGCGGCUUUACUCCUCUGAGCCCAAAGAUGGAAAAGCAGCAGGAGGAGGAGGAGGAGGAGGAGGAGGAGGAGGAGGAGGAGGAGGAGGAAGAUCCUCGGGUGGAGGGAAGAGAGGAGGGAAGGACUGGUGGAGCCGAAUGCAAAAGGGCGACGUCCCGUGGGACGAGAAGGAUUUCCGCUACUUGGCGAUCACGGCGGCCGGAAUCAGUUCGGCGGCGUUGUACUUUUACUUCAGAGACAACGGACGAGAGAUCAGCUGGAAGGACUUCGUCCACCGCUUCGUGAGCCGGGGAAUGGUGGAGCGUUUGGAGGUCGUGAACAAACAGUACGUCCGAGUCAUUCUGGUUCCCGGAGCCGACGCCGACGCGAACUACGUCUGGUUCAACAUCGGCAGCGUGGACACGUUCGAGAGGAACCUGGAGGCGGCGCACGCCGAGCUCGGCUUGGAGCCGUCGCGCCGCCCGGCCGUCGUCUACAGCACCGAGAGCGACGGUUCUUUUCUGAUGAGCAUGAUUCCCACCUUGCUGCUGAUUGGCUUCCUGCUCUUCACGCUGCGGCGGGGGCCAAUGGGAGGCGGCCCCGGCGGCGGGAGGGGCGGGCCCUUCAGCAUGAGCGAGUCCACGGCGAAGAUGAUGAAGGACAACAUCGAGGUGAAGUUCAAGGACGUGGCCGGCUGCGAGGAGGCCAAGCUGGAGAUCAUGGAGUUCGUCAACUUCCUGAAGAACCCCAAGCAGUACCAGGACCUCGGGGCCAAGAUCCCCAAGGGGGCCGUGCUGUCCGGACCUCCCGGGACGGGGAAGACUCUGCUGGCCAAAGCCACGGCCGGCGAGGCCGACGUCCCCUUCAUCACCGUCAACGGCUCCGAGUUCCUGGAGAUGUUCGUGGGCGUCGGCCCGGCCAGGGUCAGGGACAUGUUCGCCAUGGCGAGGAAGAACGCCCCCUGCAUCCUCUUCAUCGACGAGAUCGACGCCGUGGGCAGGAAGAGGGGCGGAGGGAACUUCGGCGGUCAGAGCGAGCAGGAGAACACGCUGAACCAGCUGCUGGUGGAGAUGGACGGUUUCAACACGGCGACCAACGUGGUGGUCUUGGCUGGAACCAACAGACCCGACAUCCUGGACCCGGCUCUGAUGAGACCGGGUCGCUUUGACAGGCAGAUCUACAUCGGUCCUCCGGACAUCAAAGGCCGAGCGUCCAUCUUUAAAGUUCACCUGCGGCCGAUCAAGCUGGACCCCAACAUCGACAAGGACAACCUCGCCAGGAAGAUGGCCGCCGCCACGCCGGGUUUCACCGGCGCCGACAUCGCGAACGUCUGUAACGAGGCGGCGCUGAUCGCCGCCCGACACCUCAACGCGUCCGUCGGUGGGAAACACUUCGAGCAGGCCAUCGACCGCGUCAUCGGAGGGCUGGAGAAGAAGACUCAGGUCCUGCAGCCCACAGAGAAGAAGACGGUCGCGUACCACGAGGCGGGGCACGCCAUCGUGGGCUGGUUCCUGGAGCACGCCGACCCGCUGCUGAAGGUGUCCAUCAUCCCGCGGGGUAAAGGUCUGGGUUACGCCCAGUACCUCCCCAGAGAGCAGUACCUGUACAGCAAGGAGCAGCUGUUCGACAGGAUGUGCAUGAUGCUCGGCGGCCGCGUGGCCGAGCACGUCUUCUUCGGCCGGAUCACCACCGGAGCUCAGGACGACCUGAAGAAGGUCACGCAGUCCGCCUACGCCCAGGUGGUCCAGUUCGGGAUGAGCGAUAAAGUGGGGCAGGUGUCCUUCGACCUGCCCCGGCAGGGCGAGAUGGUCCUGGAGAAGCCGUACAGCGAAGCCACGGCCGAGCUCAUCGACGCCGAGGUCCGGGAGCUGGUGGACCGGGCGUACCAGAAGACUCUGGAGCUCAUCGAGGACAAGAAGGAGCUGGUGGAUCUGGUAGGGCAGCGCCUCCUGGACAAGGAGGUGCUGGACAAGGCCGACAUGUUGGAGCUGUUGGGUCCGCGGCCGUUCGAGGAGAAGUCGACGUACGAGGACUUCGUGGAGGGCACCGGAAGCUUCGAGGAGGACACCAGCCUGCCGGAGGGCCUCCGGGACUGGAACCAGGAGAGAGGAGGCGGGGCCGGAGGCGGGGCCGGAGGCGGGGCCGGAGGCGAGGAGGAGGCCGGCCCCACUCGGGACAAGCAGACGGUCGCGUAGAGACAAACAAACACUUCACAUCCCGCAAAUAAACAACAACGACCAUCAAAGGUUUUUACUGCUCAACGUUUCGCAGGAAGAUGGUUUUUAAAUAUUCUUGAACUUGAGUGUAAACGAUGCACAUUUUUCUUUUUCUUUAUUCUAAAAAGGGAGUUUUUUUUAUUUUUUUUUACUCCCCGACUGAGCGAGAAGGAAGAAAAAACAAAAACAACCCGAAGAACUUUUCUGCAACAUUUUACCGGUUUAAAUAUUCUCAGAAUCGAUGUGAAGUUUUUAUUUUUGUUUUUCUGCUGUUAGUUUUUUUUAAUUAAACUUUUAUUUUAUUCAC